GGCUUAAGUAAAUUAUUUAUUGAGACUUCUAAAUUUGUUUAAAGUGCCCUAUCGUUCUUUGUAUGGGAUUUUCUUUUUCGUAUAAUAUAGGGUUAGCUUUUCGUGAACAAAAAAGGGCCUAAUGGCGUUUAAACGAUUUAUAAAGGGCGCACAAAAUAAUCUAUACUAAAAAUACCUCUAAGAAAGUACCCACCCACUUACAUAAAGUUAUGACUAAUUAGGUUUCCACCAAAUAACCCAUUUUAUUCAAUAGUAGGUAGUACCCAAGUAAAAAACAAUAAAGUAUAAAAGCUUCUUUAUCUCCAAGAUUUUGCUUAUUUACUUUUCCGUUUCGUUCCAAUUAGGACCGCGUUACAGUACGUGCUGCACAGUACUUUUUAGUGAUGUUAUUCGGAUCGUUUCAUUAAAAAAAAAAAAUGGAAGAAAUACUAAACAACCGUAAUAAAAAAAAUAAACCUAAACCUAAGGCUUUGUGUAUGAAAAAUCAUGUGAAUCGGGAUAAGGACUUAUACGACACUUUGAAUAUUAAAGCUGAUCAAAGGACUGGACCAUGUUCGAACCAAGUUUGUUUGGGCAGCGUUAUGGCUCAGCAAGGCAAAACCGAAACUUUGAGAACGCCCAAGGAGAUUCUACGGCAGGCCAAGGAAUUUUUGGAGCAAUAUUUCACUUCAAUCAGAAGAGCCCAAACUCCCGCUCACUUAUCGCGAUGGGAACAAGUUCAGAAGGAAGUGACGACAACGGGCACUUAUCAGUUAACUGAAACCGAACUUAUUUACGGUGCCAAAUUGGCCUGGAGAAACUCGGUCAGGUGUAUCGGACGCAUACAAUGGUCCAAACUACAGGUAUUCGAUUGUCGUUACGUCACUACUACCAGCGGUAUGUUUGAGGCUUUGUGUAACCAUAUCAAGUACAGCACAAAUAAAGGCAACAUAAGAUCCGCAAUAACAGUAUUUCCUCAACGCACCGACGGUAAACACGACUUCAGAGUGUGGAAUCCUCAAUUAAUCAGCUACGCAGGUUAUCGACAACCCGAUGGAUCAAUUUUGGGCGACCCAAUGAAUGUAGAAUUCACCGAAAUCUGUCAAAAACUAGGCUGGAAAGGCAAAGGCACAAGAUGGGACAUUUUACCGAUCCUAGUCUCGGCCAACGGACACGAUCCGGAUUAUUUCGACAUUCCGAAGGAAUUCGUUUUGGAAAUACCAUUGAGUCAUCCGACUUUGAAAUGGUUUGAAACUCUCGGACUUCGUUGGUACGCAUUACCAGCAGUUUCCAGUAUGAUGUUCGAUUGUGGUGGUAUUCAAUUUCCAGCUACUCCGUUCAAUGGAUGGUACAUGAGUACCGAAAUCGGUUGCAGAAACCUAUGCGAUACUCAUCGUUUAAAUAUGUUAGAGACAAUCGCUCUAAACAUGGGCCUGGACACCCGUACACCAGUCACUCUCUGGAAAGACAAAGCGAUGAUCGAAUGCAACGUGGCGGUUCUUCACAGUUUCCAGGAAAAAGGCGUCACAAUUGUAGACCAUCACACCGCCUCUGAAUCUUUCAUGAAACAUCUGGAAAACGAAGUCCGACUCAGAAACGGUUGUCCGGCCGAUUGGGUCUGGAUCGUGCCACCUUUAUCCGGAUCUGCUACUCCAGUUUUCCACCAGGAAAUGGCUUUGUAUUAUUUGAAACCGUCAUACGAAUAUCAGGAGCCCGCCUGGAAAUGCCAUGUCUGGAAGAAGGGGCGCGAUUCGGCUAAAAGCAAGAAACCGAGGAGGAAAUUCCAUUUCAAACAAAUUGCCAGAGCUGUAAAAUUCACCUCAAAAUUGUUCGGCCGAGCUUUAUCCCGUAGAAUUAAAGCUACAGUUCUGUAUGCAACCGAAACAGGUAAAUCCGAAGGCUUCGCCAAAAAAUUGGGCGAAAUAUUGGGGCACGCCUUCAACGCCCAAGUCUACUGCAUGGACGAUUACGACAUUUCCAGUAUAGAACACGAAGCUUUGCUUCUUGUAGUGACGUCAACAUUCGGUAAUGGCGAUCCACCUGAAAACGGACAGGAGUUUGCUAACAAUCUUCACACGCUUCUUAAAAUCAGCGAAAACGGCAUUUCCAAUGGAGAUCCAGAAAGACUCAGGUUUGCAGUUUUCGCCUUAGGAUCGAGCGCCUAUCCGAAUUUCUGUGCGUUCGGUAAAUACGUGGACAAGUUGUUAGGUGAUUUGGGUGGAGAGAGAUUGCUCAAGUUGGCCAACGGAGACGAAAUGUGCGGACAGGAACAGGCUUUUAUGAAAUGGGCGCCACAAGUUUUUAAGCUCGCCUGUGAAGCUUUCUGUCUGGAUGACGACGAAACCUACCUAGAAGCAACGAUUGCUCUGAAAACCGAAUCACUUACCACUCAGAAUGUGAGAUUUGUGGAAUGCAAAAAUGACGACACUGCCAGUGCCUUAUCCAAAUGUCAUAACAAAAAGGUUUCUCUAACACCCUUAAUUAAACGCACCAACCUACUCAACGAAAAAUCCUCCAAAGCCACCCUGCUGCUACAAUUCAAAAACUCACUCAUUUACAAACCUGGCGACCACGUCGGAGUUUUCCCAAUGAACAGAAAAGAAUUGGUAGAUGUAAUCAUCAACAGAGUUAAAGGAGUUGCCGAUGCUGACCAAGCAUUGGAGUUGCAAUUUUUAAAAGAAACCCACACUUCGAAUGGUGUCGUCAAAAACUGGAAACCACACGAGCGUCUUCCAGCUGCUUCGCUGAGAGACCUACUCACUCGUUUCCUGGAUAUCACCACUCCACCAUCUCCGUAUUUAUUGCACCACUUUGCCAGCCUUGCGACUGAUCAACAAGACCAACAAAGACUCAAUUUAUUAGCAACAGACUCUUCCGCUUACGAAGACUGGCGCCACUGGAACUUUCCCAACUUGGCUGAAGUUCUACAAGAAUUUCCUUCGGUCAAUCCAUACGCUCCAUUAUUGGUUUCUCAAUUGAGCAUACUACAGCCGAGGUUUUACUCGAUAUCUUCGAGUCCUUUGAUGCAUCCUAGCGAAUUGCAUUUGACUGUAGCUGUAGUUGUUUAUCAUACACAAGGAGGUGAAGGUCCAGUCCAUUACGGUGUAUGUUCCAACUACUUACAAGACAUCGAAGCAGGCCAAGAUGUUUAUUUAUUCGUCAGAAGUGCUCCAAACUUCUAUUUGCCUAAUGACUUAUCGAAACCCAUAAUCCUAGUGGGACCCGGUACCGGAAUUGCACCAUUUAGAGCUUUUUGGCAACACAGAUAUGCACAAUUGAAAGCCAAACAUCAAUUAGGCAAAAUUUGGUUGUUCUUUGGCUGUAGGACAAAAGAAAUGGAUUUAUACAAGGAGGAAAAAGAUGAAAUGAAACAGGGCAAGGUUUUGGAUAGAGUGUUUUUGGCUUUGUCCAGAGAGCCAAACAUCAAAAAAACUUACGUUCAAGAUUUAGCUUUGACUGAGGCAGCUGAAAUUUACAAAUUACUAGUGAUACAAGAAGGGCAUUUUUAUGUGUGCGGCGAUUGUACUAUGGCGGAACACGUCUAUCAAACCCUGAAGAAAAUCAUACAAACAUAUGGAGGCAUGUCAGAAAAUGAAGUUCAAUCUUGUUUGCUGUCGUUAAGGGAUCAAAAUCGUUAUCACGAAGACAUUUUCGGUAUUACUCUGAGGACAGCGGAAAUCCAUAACAAAUCUAGAGAAUCUGCCAGGAUAAGGAUGGCAUCAGAACCCUAAUUUUAAUAGUUAUAUAAAGUAGAUAGGAUAUUUUCUCUUGCAGUUGCAUUUUCACUUGAUAAUAUUUGGCUUUAAUGCCUUUGAAUUUAGAAUUAAGGUUAACUUAUUCUUGCUCAUUGAGCGUCUACAAAAAUAUUAUCUUUGAAUUUAAGAAAGUUUCAUAUCACAAUCAUAAUAUAUAUUUCAAAAAUUAUAAUAAGGAAUUUCAACUUGUAUAUAAUAAGUAUUACAUAAAUUGAAUAUUGAAAUAAUUAUGUAGAAAAGAAAUACCUACUUAAUGGUUUUACUGUUUUUUUUUUUAAACUACAAAUUUUCUUCAUGAUUAUAUUUAUUGUUAAACUUAUUACAGAUUUAAUGAGUUAAAAUAAAGUUUAUUUUACUUUUAA